AUGCAUCAGAUAUGGGUCCAAAGCAUGAUCAGAUCAGACCUGCAAUUGUCAGAUUUUAAGCCGAGAACGUACAUGAUGCAGGGCUCCAGAGCAAGAAUGAUGACGACAAUGCUACUCGUUUUGCAUCCGAACCACGAAGCACCGCUGGAGAUUGUGCAAAACCCACCGGACAAUAACUUGGGGAAUAUGCGACCUUUGAAUCUGAGCUCCGAAGGAAUUCAUUCAGGGAUCUUUAUCACUGCGUUGAACACCUGUUUCAAAUCUCUUUACUACUACCUACAAUGUCUGUCCAAGGUGCGUUCAGAGGUUUACAGCCAGUUCCUAUUAAUCAUUCUGGACACACCGGCAGCCGCGACGAACCAGACUGGCAUUUACAACAAUACCCCAAACCAAAUUUCUGUCCGCAUCACCAAUGACAAUGAGGAUGGCAUGGGGACAACUGGAUUUAAAGAUAUUGAACCUGGGAAGUAUGAAUUGUGGACACGAAAGCACUGGCAAGUAGCCUUCGUGUUGAGGCAUGCGGUCGAGCCAACUGAUGGCAAGGCGGAGACUUUGGUUGUGAAGCCUAAUGUGGUUUACAACAUCAAUAAUGUCAGGGGAUCCGCGCGUAAUUGCCAGCUGCAGGAGUCUGCUUCGGCUCCCCCGAAAACAAGCCGACAAUUAUUAGCGUGGUUUGAAGAAGCGCACACACGAACGAUGCGCACAGGAUACACAGAGCAUUAUAGACAAGCAGAUCAUCUCCGAGAUUCAGACUUCCUCCUAAAUGGCCGCCAUGCAAAGUUGAGCAGCGGUGUUGCGUUAACUUUUCGGCCGCCUUGGGAAGCGCCCAAGCGCAUGAUAUUCGCGCAAGUGAACAACAGAGACAGGUCGGACCUGACGACUCGCCCAUGCGUAGACCUGUGCGAGCGCUGGGCAUUUGCAAAGUGUUGGCUCUGCCGCGUUCGGUUCCCCAACCUUUCUCGCGAGGUCUUUCAUCCUCCACUAGUUAUAUUUAUGCUUCUCCGUGUUGAAUUGCGUCAAUUCAGGCUUUCACAGGAAUACGUAGCUAAAAGCAUGUCAAACUUUCGAAACAAGUAUGCAAUAGUAUGGGGUUCAUCACCUCAGGACAAUAUCGCCCCUGGGAUCCUGUUCCACAGAGUACCACGACAUGGUCGGAUCCGACCCGGGAUUGCCAGAACUGCAUUUCACGACCGAGAACAAGGCCACAUAUCAGAUACAAGUCCAAAGGCCUUGAACUUGGGAGAUCGUGCAAAGAGAAUAAUUGAGCUUUGCGUCUGUCAUAUAUUGAAUAUGAGGUCUACAGAACCUCGCAUCAAUAUCGCCCCUGUUGCAUGCAGUGUAUUUCAUGAACGAUUAACCCAGUUUUCGAAUCUCAUGAUCAGAUCAGACCUGCAAUUGCCAGAUUUUACGCCGAGAACCCUUGAUAUGCUACAUGAUGCAGGGCCCCAAAGGAAUGAUGACGAUAAUGCUACUCGUUUCGCAUCCGAACCACGAGGCAUCACUGGUUUGCUAAAGAUCAGUUGCAUCCCUAAGGAGAACGUGGAAAAUCCACCGGACAAUAACUUAGGGAAUAUGCGACCUUUGAAUCUGAGCUCCGAAGGAAUUCAUUCAGGGAUCCUUAUCACUGCGUUGAACACCUGUUUCAAAUCUCUUUACUACAUACAAUGUCUGUCCAAGGUGCGUUCAGAGGUUUACAGCCAGUUCCUAUUAAUCAUUCUGGACACACCGGCAGCCUCGGAGAACCAGACUGGCGUUUACAACAAUACCUCAACCAGGAUUUCUGUCCGUGUCACUAACAGCAACAAUGACACCGGGACUGAGGAAUUCGUAGAUAUCGAAUCAAAGACGUACUAUAUGUGGGACCGAAAGCACUGGCAAGUGGCCUUCGUGGUGAGGAAUUCGACCUGGCCCUGUGAUGCCACGCCGGAGGUUUUGGUUGUGAAGCCUUCAGACGUUCACUACGUCAACGAUGUAUGA